AUGCGCCUCGGGCAGGAGUCGGAGCAGGCCGCCAAAUUGCUGCCGCUCGUCCGCUGCGGCUCCAUCGAGCAAUUGGACGAGCACUUGUCGGCCGACCCCGGCGCGAUCCACUGCACGGAUAAGUUUGGCAAUUCCCUCCUCCACGUCGCGUGUCAAUCCGGCAACAAGCGCGCCGUCAAGUUCUGCCUGCGGAAGGGCCUCGACGUCGACGCGCGGAACGCGGACGGGCAGACCCCUUUACACCACUGCUUCGCCCUCGGGCACAGCGCGCUCGCCGCCUACCUCAUCGACAAAGGUGCCGACGACUCCCUGCGCAACGCCGCGGGCCUGACGCCCUACGAAGGCACGCGCCUCCACGGCGAUUCGCCCGCGGAGGAGCGCGUCGGCCACUUCCGCCGCUAG